UUGAAUUUUCAACGAGCUCACUCUGUUGCAAUUUCUUCCAUGUUUCAGGUCCAGUCACAAUGGUAACUUUCAAAGAAAGGCUCAUACUUUUGGGAUUCAUCCUUUAUGUACAAGUAAAUGGAUUUACAAUGCAGAGCGAAGAGCCUUCAUGUUAUUCAAGGUUUGAUUAUGAGUACAAGCUACUCACUAAAGUCGUCGCCUUGGAGACCACUGCUUCAAAGCUCGAGAACCUGAUCAGUCACCUUGAGCAAAAGAUUGAUGACACAAACAAAAAGCUCGCCGACCAGAAUAAACCAUUGGAAGACAUGCCUGGCACUCCGGGUGGCUCAAUUUACACCCGAUGGGGAAGAACGACGUGUAACGCUAACAGGACACAAACCGUGUAUUCGGGUUACGCGGCAGGCAGUCAUUACACGAAACAUGGAGCUGCCGUGAACUACCUUUGCCUCACCAAAGAGCCGCUAUGGAGCAAAUUUGAAGACACCAAACAGAGCGGAGCGCCGGUUUACGGGGCUGAGUACAAGUUCAAUCACCGGAACAGCGUUACUUUCUUCGGUAGGAAAAAUACCAAUGAAGAUGCUCCGUGCGCCGUUUGUCAGUCUCCUCGUUCGCAAUUGCUGAUGAUUCCGGGUCGCAACAAAUGCCUGGACGGAUGAACCUUAGAGUACGAGGGUUACCUUGUGGCAGGCGAUAUUGUGCAUGCGGCCGCUUCAGAGUUCAUAUGCCUGGACGCUAACCCCGAAUCACUGCCGAAUGACUCGGGAGAUAAUAACGGGAAGCUAUUCUACUUUGCAGAGGCGAGAUGUGGUGGGUCCCUGAAAUGUCCACCGUACGUCGAUGGGCGAGAACUGACGUGCGUCGUCUGCACGAAAUAAACAAAAUCUGUUUAUCGAUGACUCGCAUGAACUUUCAGAAUAAAGUAACAGUAUCAUUAUUUUAAUGACAGAGUAAUCGUUCAAACAUCCAUCCGUUUUUAAUCUUAGGUAAUACAUACAUGUUAAUUUUCAACAAUAUAACGCAAGGUAGAUUUAAAAUAAAAUAUAUAAUAUACUUUGCUAAGAAUGACAACAUAGUCAUUUAUAAGAAUCUGUGGUAUGAAGUUAUGCCAAGUUGCAGCUUUGUAUGACAAGCAAUUCACCGGAUGCAAACGGAUAUUAGUCUGCACUAAUCGAUUAACUUUUCCCCUAGUCUAUGGACACUAGUAACAUGGAGUGGAUAGUCUACAUUAGAAACGUUUAUCUCUAAGCUACUUCGUUUUCGUCACUGUAUAAGAUAUUGGUAAUUGAUAAAAUCUUUAACUGAUAAAAGAGUUAUUCUUUUUUAGAAAUGUGUUCCUCGGAUGGAAAUAAAAUUAAACGAUG